CUGGUAAAGAUGGCGCUCAGCAUCCGAGGCCGUCCUAUCCGAAGUAUACGGAUGCGAGGUCGAAAUGACAGUGGGGAGGAAAAUGUACCACUUGAUCUCACGAGAGACCCAUCUGAGAACAUGCGAGAGAUCCUCCAAAAUGUGGCCAAACAGCAGGGAGUCUCGAACAUGCGCAAACUUGGCCACCUUAACAACUUUGUCAAGCUGCUCUCCAAUGUUGGGCUUUCAGAGGAAAAGUUUGGCUUUACCUAUGAAGAAAUUAUCAUCUGCCUCAGGUUGGCAUUGCUCAAUGAGGCUAAGGAGGUGCGGGCGGCUGGUCUGCGUGCUCUCCGCUACCUCAUCAGAGACAGCACUAUACUCAAAAAAGUUCUGCGGCUCCAGGUGGAUUACCUGAUUGCCAGAUGCAUUGACAUCCAGCAGAGUAACGAGGUGGAACGCACACAAGCUCUCCGACUGGUGAGAAAGAUGAUCACUGUGAAUGCCCUGCUGUUCCCAAGCUCAGUCACAAACUCCCUCAUGGCCGUGGGCAACGAUGGUCUCCAGGACCGGGACCGUAUGGUACGCGUCUGCAUCGCCAUUAUCUGUGAACUUGCACUGGAGAACCCAGAGAUUGUGGCUAAGAGGGGUGGUCUCAGUACCAUCCUGAAGAAUGUAAUCGACUGUCAGCUCAGUCGCAUCAAUGAGGCUCUGAUGACCACCAUCCUGCACCUGCUAAACCACCCACACACACGGCAAUAUGUUCGAUCGGAGGUGGAACUUGAGCAAAUCCUGGCACCUUACACUGACUUUCACUACAGACACAAUCCAGACACAUCAGAUGGUCAACUCAAGGAAGACAGGGAGGCUCGGUUUCUGUCUAGUAAGAUGUCAAUUAUUGCUUCCUUUCGCUCCUGGUCAGGCAUCAUUAACCUGUGCAAGUCAGGCAACUCUGGAAUCCAGUCUCUCAUUGGUCUGCUGUGUAUACCAAAUAUGGAAGUGAGGCAAGGUCUGCUGGAGGUGAUGUAUGAUAUAUUCAGGCUCCCUGUUCCUGUGAUGACACAAGAUUUUAUAGAAGCUCUUCUCAGUGUGGAUCCCAGUAGGUUUCAGGACAGCUGGAGACUGUCAGAUGGUUUUGUAGCCUCAGAAGCAAAAAUUAUACUUCCCCAUAGAGCACGGUCCAGACCUGAUUUGAUGGAUAACUAUCUCGCCUUGCUACUUUCUGCCUUUAUCCACAGUGGACUUUUAGAGGGUCUGGUUGAAGUGAUUACCAGCAGCGAUGAUAGCAUUUCAGUUCGUGCAACCAUCCUCUUAGGAGAACUCCUGCACAUGGCCAACACCAUUCUCCCUCACUCCCACAGUCACCACCUGCACUGCCUGCCCACUCUCAUGAACAUGGCUGCUUCUUUUGAUAUUCCUCAGGAGAAAAGACUGCGGGCAAGCGCUGCAGUGAAUUACUUGAACCGAUUUCAUGAGAAGAAGAAACGAGGCCCCAAACCUAGCAGUCUUUACUUGGACCUCAUUAUUUGCAAAUCACUGGCUGCUCAUUGCUUUAGGGACCAGCAUCUCAGACCCCAAAGAGACAUUUUUGUCAUUAAGGACACUGAGGAGGCCCUAAUGAUGAUCCUCAGAGACAGUCAAAUUCUCAAUCAUAAACAAAAUUUGGAUUGGAACUGGGUCCUAAUCAGUACCAUAUUGAAGUGGCCCAAUGUCAACCUUCGGAACAACAAAGAUGAACAGAUGCACAGGUUUGUGCGAAGGCUUCUGUUCUUCUACAAGCCUAGCAGUAAGCUGUAUUCCAGCCUAGAGCUGGACCACAGCAAGGCCAAGCAGUUAACGGUGGUGGGCUGUCAGUUCAUUGAGUUCCUUAUAGAGUCCGAUGAGGAUGGGCAGGCGUAUCUUGAAGACCUGGUGAAGGACAUCGUGCAGUGGCUGUCCUUGUCCUCUGGACUCAAACCAGACCGUAGUCUGCAGAGCAAUGGCCUCCUCACUACCCUCAGCCAGUACUAUUUCCUCUUCCUGGGCACUCUUUCAGCCAACCCGCAGGGUGUUAAGAUGCUUGAGAAGUGCAGUGUCUUCCAAUGCCUGCUGAACCUGUGUUCCCUGAAGAAUCAGGACCAUCUUCUAAAGCUGAUUGUUUCCACACUGGACUACAGCCGUGAUGGCUUGGCACGAGUCAUUCUCUCAAAGAUCCUCACUGCUGCCACUGAUAACUGCAGACUGUAUGCCACCAAGCAUCUGCGGGUACUACUCAGAGCCAAUGUAGAGUUCUUCAGCAACUGGGGUAUUGAAUUGCUGGUGACACAGCUACAUGACCGCAACAAGGCCGUCUCAAUAGAGGCUUUGGACAUACUGGAUGAGGCCUGUGAAGACAAGGCAAAUCUUCAUGCUCUGAUUCAGAUGAAGCCAGCACUAACUCACCUGGGAGACAAAGGUGUGCUAUUGCUGCUAAGGUUCUUGUCCAUUCCAAAGGGGUUCUCCUAUCUAAAUGAGAGGGGGUAUGUCACUAGGCAACUCGAAAAGUGGCAGAAGGAAUACAACCUCAAGUAUGUGGACCUCAUAGAGGAACAGUUAAAUGAAGCUCUCACAACUUACCGUAAACCAGUGGAUGGAGAUAACUAUGUGCGACGGAGCAACCAAAGGUUACAAAGGCCAAAUGUUUAUCUUCCAGUGCAUUUAUAUGGACAACUUGUGCAUGAUAAGACAGGCUGUCAUUUACUGGAAGCUCAGAAUGUAGUUCCAGAUCUGAGCUACACAGUGCGCUGCCCAGUGCUGGACAAAUGGGAGGGCAUCAAACAACUUAAGGCUGCACUUUGGGCCCUGGGAAACAUUGGCACUUCUAACUGGGGACUGAACCUCCUGCAGGAGGAGAAUGUGAUUCCAGACAUCGUCAAUCUUGCUCAUGACUGUGAGGUUCUGUCUAUUAGAGGGACAUGUCUUUAUGUUCUGGGACUCAUUUCAAAAACUAAGCAGGGUUGUGAGUUACUGAAACUGCAUGGCUGGGAUGCGGUCAGGCACAAUCGCAGGCAGCUUUGGCCUGUAGUGCCAGAUGAGGUGGAGCAGCAGCAGAACCUCCAGCAGCUGCAGCAGCAGCAACAACAGCAGCAGCAGCCCCUCAUCCAGCUUUCUUCAGCUCCCAGCACCCUCAGCCUGAACUCUGAGUCCACCAGCUCCAGACACAACAGUGAGAGUGACUCCACUCAGCCCAGUAUGUACAUCCUGAAUGAUGAUAAAUUUGAAAGCUGUGAGCUCUCUGAGGACCAGCCACUGUACAUCAGGCCCAAACUUCUAAAGGACCUCAGUCCAUUUACCAUUCUGGCCUCCAGCCGCCUUGUCCGUAACCGCUUCCUGAUUUCGCUCUCUGGAAAAAAACUUCGCAGCACCAGUGAUCCCAAAGGCACUGGCAGCAGCAGUAACUUCCAUGGUGAGCCAACUUUAGGAGGCCUCAGGAGGGUUCGCACCAUCACGGAGCCCUCUAUAUUUUCUCCUGGUCAAGCAGAUGUCUUCAGUCCUGUAUUUACUGAUGGGCAUCUGCCGAAAAGCCCAAGCGUAAGUCUGGAGACCUCCUUUAUGGGCAGCAAAACUUCGGACUCCCAGGGCAGCACAUCCAGCAUUGGAGAGCCAGAGGUACAGCUGCACAGAGCUGUGGAACGGGGUGGAGACGCCCACCGAGAGCAUAUCAGUCGAGAAAGGUUGGCCGGCGAUGUCACCACUUCUGGGGGUGUGAGCCAAUUUAAAAGCCGCAGUCAGAGUUUCAACACUGACACAACCACCAGCGGCAUCAGUUCCAUGAGUUCCAGCCCAUCUCGAGAGACAGUUGGGGGUAUAGACUCUUCCACCAUCGACACGGACUGCGUUAGUCUCAAUACGGUCAUUAGUACUCAAACUAUCAAAACUCUUCAUGCUCUCACACCCCAGUCCAAUCAUCUGCCCCUGUCCAAAUCUAACUCUGUGCUCCUGAUGCCCCCUGGCUCCUCUCACACUCUGCCCCGAAGGGCUCAGUCCCUUAAAUCCCCAUCCGUUACAACCAUCUCAAGCCUGACAGACUGCAGCUUCAUGUACACAAGCCCACGGGACGCACUGGGCUACGCUACCCUCAAACGACUGCAACAACAGCGCAUCCAGUCCUCCCUCUCCCAUAGUGAGGCACUUGCCUCUCCAGCCAAAGAUGUUCUCUUUACUGAUGCAAUCACCAUGAAAACUGGCAGCCUGGACUCCAGACUCACACCGCGCAGGUUUAUCAAGGCUCUGAGUUUUGCUUCUUUGGAUAAAGAGGAUCUUCUAAGCCCCAUCAGUCAAACCUCUCUACAGCGCUCUUCUUCAGUGCGUUCCAUGGUGUCCAGUGCCACAUACGGCAACUCUGAUGAAUACAUUGGCCUUGCACUGCCAAUGGAUAUCAACAGCAUGUUCCAGAUUAAAGACAUACCAUACUUCCAGAAGAGGACGAGCCCACCAUCUGAAGACCGAUCUGCAAAGUUCUUCUCUGGGGAUGCUGAUGGUUCCAGUGAAGGCUCUAUGCAUUCUGUUUUGAGGUCUCAGUUGAGUAUUACAGAGCUGAUUGCGGUAAGCCGAACGGACCAGCAGCAGCUGCUGGGCACGGAAGAGACUGGCCUGCAGGAGCACAGUGAUGAGAACUGCCUUUACUGUGCAGGGAUAUAUGUGCUCGGCUGCAAUUCAAACACUCCCACCCAAAGACGCCCAGACUAUGCUGAUGCUCCAUACUCAGAAUGGUGCAAUCAGACCAUACACAACCUGGAAGUUAUGCCUCAGUCCAAGUUCUCGGGAGUGUCUGGCUGCAGCGACGCGGUCUCUCAGGGCUCUGGUGGCAGCACACCCAGCACUGAGCUAGUUCUUGGGGUGAAAAACAUUCCAGAGGAUGCUCCAGCUUGCCGGGUUCUUCUGAGGAAGGAGGUGCUUAGGCUGGUCAUCAACCUCAGCUCCUCAGUUGGGACUAAAGGGAAUGAAACUGGACUCCUCACAAUCAAGGAAAAGUUUCCCUAUGCGUUUGAUGACAUCUGUCUGUAUUCUGAAGUUUCCUACUUGCUGGCUAAUUGCAUGUUCAGACUGGCCUCGCGACGCUUCAUUCAGGAACUUUUCCAAGACGUUCAGUUCAUUCCGAUGUAUGAAGAGGCCCAGAGCAUUUUGUCAAUGCCAAAGAAGUUUACCACUCUAGAUCCUCCAUUAGAGUCGUGAACUUCUAGAUGUUUUUCAUAAUAUUUUCUUCUCAUGAUACACCAAGCUACCAAUCCAUUUCCCUGGUCUGGCUGUGCACUUAAGAUGAUUACGCAAUAAGAGACUAGGGCUAUGGAACAAACAUGGGUGGAUCAAGAGCGGAAGAGCGGUACGUUGUAAGAACAAACUCUUCACAAAUGAACAAAUGCACUCUACACAGAUGCUCUGUAGCCACCUGCAGUGGAUGCUGUAACCAAAUAUUCCUUUUGACUGACAGUUAUGAACUGUAGAGCAUUGAACAAAAAGUGAAACAUGAAAUAACUGGACUGACUUACUGCAGAAAAUAAAUGAGUCAAUGCAAAUGGUAUUUAUAAUGUAAGCGAGCAAAAUCAUUCAAGACAUUCAAGUUUUUUUAAUUACUUAGGUUAGUUAAAUAUCUGUUUGGCUGUUAUUGUCCUUUUUAAAGGCCAAUGCAUCUGGUUGCACAUAACAAAAUGUACCCUUGAUGCAGGAUCCUUCAACACUACAACAUUCUGGUUUGAUUGCCUUCCAGUUGGAAUUCUCUUUUUCUAAUUCUGGUUGUUCAAGGAAUAUGAAGUGGCUAUUGCAACAAGAAUAAGCAAGCACUUCACUUUAGUCCUGAUGUGAUUGAAAUAUAAGACAAUUAUCACUAAGUAGUAAUAAUGAGAAACUGCCAAUAUUUAUUUCCCUUUUUGUAACUGACACACAAAAUGGGUCUUUUCUGCCUAUUCGAAUCAAUUCUUGUCAUAGGGCUUCAAACAUGAAACCGUAAGAAAAUCAUCAAUAAAACCAUUCUCAAUUAUCUCAGUUAUUUUAAACGACAAUUUACGCAACAAUGGUUUUACUAAUUAAUUACACAGUAUGCAGUCUGCUCAUGUUUCAGAAAUGAGGCCUACACACUGAAAAUUUAUUCACAUGUACUUGGAGGUGUAGAUACACAAUCGGACAAUUAUCUGACCUUUCAAUCGUUCAAAAAAGUCUCACAUUUAAACCAACAGUAGACAAGAUAUUUAUUUAUUUAUUUACUUAUUUAUUGUUUGGUCCACACAGCUCCUAGAUCCCUUGUACUUAAGUUCUAGCUCAUUAGCCAGGGUUAAACUAUAGUUACAUUAUUUAUGUCUGACAGUCACUGUGCAGUACAUUGUCACCUUUUAAGUUAAUGACAGUAGAUAAUGGGUAAAGGCUUAAAAAAAGGAAAUUUAAAUGGAUUUCAUCAUUGCUAUUCAGCAGUUUUACUUUUACUCCAUUUCAAAUAUUAGUGAUGUUUAAUCAAAUGGAUUGUAGCGAACUAACGGAGUUAUCCAUACUGUAGGAAUAUUGCUUUCAGAAAGUUGUCUCCUUAAACGAAUGUUCCAGGUUUAAAUCAACAUUUAAGCAAAAUUGCAAAAAUGUAUUUUAACUCGUCCUUCCUUUUCUUUAAAAAUAAGCACAAAUCUGGGUUAAGGCACCUACAAUGGAAGUGAAUGGGGGUCAAUUGUUUUUAUUUUAAAUACUGUUUCAAAAGUUUAGCCACAUUACAUAAACAAUAUGCAUGUUAACAUGAUUUUAGUGUGAUAAAAUCACUUACUAACCUUUUCUGUGUAAAGUUAUAGCCAAUUUUACAUCUUCGGAAUCGUUGCCAUGACGAUGUAAUGUCAACAAAACCAAAAAUCCUAAAAAGACUUUACAUUUAAAAGUGAAAAGAUUAAAAAAAAAAAACUGUACAGCUCAAAUGUUACAUGAGUUUUAACAGAAUAAUUAAUAUUAGUGUUUUUAUAAAAUUAUACACUUCACAUUUCUGCCUUUUUAACCUCUCCAAAAAUGGGCCUCAUUCAUUUCCAUUGUAAGUGCCUCACUUUGUCCUCCAUAUUUACUUUUUAAAGAAAAGGAGGGACGAAUUGAAAUUACAUUUUGUGGUAAUCUACAUUAUGCCACAAAUGCUGUCGAUUGAUCUUAACUUGUAUUGAACCCGGAACAUUCCUUUAACAUUAGAGAAGCAUUCAUUUGUUUCAAAUGUAUUUGAUAAGUCAUCAACAGUCAGUCUUGUUUUUACUUUUGAAUGUGGUUUGUGGAUUUUGAGCAGGAGAAUUAAGGUUAAACUGACAAGAAAUGUUCAUCAUUUGUUCAACAAUGACUGAUCCACAAUCCAUUGAUUAAAAUGACAUGUUGUGCUUAUAAAUUUUACUGGCAAACAGUCAACAAUGAACUACUUUAUCAUCUUUAAUAUUUAUAUCUGUAAUUGUCAGUAUUGCACAUAGCCAUUCUGGUCUGAAGAGUUCUCAAAAUGUCUUUUCAACAUAGUUUGUUAACAUUGCAUAAAAACAUAAAAAAAAUGGUUAGAUCCCCAUUUGUAAUUUUGAAUUUGAAGUUAAUAUCUGAAUUAUUUCUAUGCAAUGUGCCUGUUUAUUCUAUAUACAUAAUUGAAUUGUUAAUGAAGAAUCGAUGACCGAUUUGUUUUCUUGUUGGCUGGACCAUUUAUUUGGGCUAUUUAGGCAGCUUUAAUUAUUUUGCCUUAAUUGCAUUCGUUUUAAUCCUAUUAAACUUAAUGAAAUUGUCCUUUUUUUUUUUUCUUUGAUUUAUUAUACUAAUA